UAUUGUCCUUCCCCAAACCAAAUGUGCCUCAGCUGUUGUUUCAAUUUUUCUUCUAGGCAUUGAGCGCAUGCAUCUCUGAAAUUAUCAUCACGCAGAUAUACGGUAAAGAUGACUUCUGUUCCAUCCAAGACUGAAAGCCCUACCAAAACCUGCUCCCACUCAGCCAAAUUCAUCCAGAAUGGAGUGAAUGGAGAGGAGACUAAAGGAGAAGGUCCACGGGAAAGGAAGUGGAUUCGCCCUGAUGCCCCCAGCAAGUGCACCUGGAAACUGGGGGCUCCUAUUGCAGAGUCCCCUCACUUUCACUCAGAAUUAACAAAAACUCCGAGCAUCAUGCCAAACAUUUUGGAGAAAGUGGGCGACACCCCACUGGUGAAAAUCAACAAGAUUGGCAAGCAUUUUGAGCUGAAAUGCGAAAUGUUGGCGAAGUGUGAAUUCUUCAAUGCAGGAGGCAGCGUGAAGGACAGGAUCAGUCUGCGCAUGGUGGAGGAUGCAGAGAGAGAUGGCCUUCUGAAACCAGGAGACACCAUUAUUGAACCUACAUCUGGGAACACUGGUAUUGGCCUUGCUUUGGCUGCAGCUGUCAAGGGUUACCGCUGUAUUAUCGUCAUGCCUGAAAAAAUGAGUAUGGAAAAGGUGGAUGUACUGAGGGCCCUGGGAGCAGAGAUUGUGAGGACACCCACCAGUGCCAGGUUUGACUCCCCAGAGUCCCAUGUGGGUGUUGCCUGGAGGCUGAAGAAUGAAAUCCCAAACUCCCACAUUCUUGACCAGUAUCGAAAUCCCAGCAACCCCUUGGCUCACUAUGACACUACAGCUGAGGAGAUUAUCCAGCAGUGUGAUGGGAAGGUUGAUAUGCUGGUGGCUGGAGCUGGGACAGGGGGCACCAUCACUGGCAUUGCUAGAAAACUUAAGGAGAAGUGCCCUAACUGCAAGAUUAUCGGAGUGGAUCCUGAGGGCUCUAUCCUUUCUGAGCCGGAGGAAAUGAACAAGACUGAUAAGACCUCGUAUGAAGUGGAGGGGAUCGGCUAUGACUUCAUUCCCACUGUCCUUGACAGAUCAGUGGUGGAUCAGUGGUACAAGAGCAGUGAUGAGGAGUCCUUCUCUAUGUCCCGCAUGCUUAUUAAGGAGGAGGGGCUACUGUGUGGAGGUAGUUCUGGGACUGCCAUGGCUGCAGCAGUGAAAGCAGCACAGGAGCUGGAGGAAGGCCAGCGCUGCGUAGUCAUCCUGCCUGAUUCCAUCCGCAACUACAUGUCUAAGUUCUUGAAUGACAAGUGGAUGAUCCAGAAGGGGUUCCUGAAGGAGGAAGAUGUCAUGGUGAAAAAGCCCUGGUGGUGGAACUUAAAAAUCCAGGAGCUGAACCUCUCUGCGCCUCUAACUGUGCUGCCCUCUGUCACCUGCCAGAGAACAAUUGAGAUUCUCAAAGAGAAGGGCUUUGACCAGGCCCCAGUCGUGAAUGAAUCGGGGCUUAUUUUGGGAAUGAUUACACUGGGAAACAUGCUUGCUUCUUUGCUCGCUGGCAAAGUUCAACCAUCUGAUCCGGUCAGCAAAGUCCUGUACAAACAGUUUAAAAAGAUCCAUCUGAAUGAUAACCUGGGUAAACUGUCCUGUAUCCUGGAAACGGAUCACUUUGCUCUUGUGGUUCAUGAGCAGAUUCAAUACCUUGUGGAUGGAUCUUCUGACAAAAAACAGAUGGUGUUCGGAGUUGUUACAGCUAUCGACAUGCUCAACUUUGUUGCCUCAAAGGAGAAAAGGCACACUGAGAACUGAACGUUUUUGAAAACAUCCUGCUGAAAAAAAGCUGAAUUUAAUUUUUGUUUGCUUUGUUAACACUCAUUCAUUCUUAAUGUCUGUCUUACUCACCAGUCACAAACACACAUUGCAAGUGAGUGGAUUCAAUGAGAUUUUUAUUAUAAUUCCCAGACAGGAAUUCUUUACACAUUAAAUGUAAAUAUAUGGAGAUUUGAGAUUUUUUCAAUGCGUAAACCCUCAGUGCACAGCUUAUCUGCAGCUCUGAUCUUACCCACAUGACUUAAGGAUGUGAUUCGUGCCACAUGUUCUAAGGAAUAACCAAAUGACCAAAAAGAAAGUACACAGAAAG